UUGAACGAUAAACAAAACAUUCUUACAAAAUACAUAUUAACAUUUCUUUAUUUCUCAUUCAAUGUUGUCGCAGCUUCUAACGCUCUUUCUUCUUCUAUCUGCUGUUGCGAUCCCUGUCGUGACUAGCAGACAAUGGUGCAUGGCCAUGCCGACUGCAAGAGACGAACAAUUACAAGCUAAUAUUGAUUUUGCUUGUAGCCAGAAUGUUGACUGUACACCGAUCCAACCUGGUGGAACUUGCUAUGACCCUAACACGUUAUUCAACCAUGCGUCGUUUGCCAUGAACGCUUAUUAUCAAAGCCAUGGUCGUACCGAAGAUGCUUGUAGGUUCGACCGUACCGGUUGUUUUGUUUUUAUCGACCCAAGUAAUGGCUCAUGUGUCUACUACACUUAAAGAAGUUUUUUCCGGAUUGCGUUACGUACUAAUUAUUGAUUUCCGGAUUGUUUAUUUUCGGAUGUUUGUAUUCCCAAACUAAAGUAUUUUGAUAUAAUGAUUGUUCUGUUUACGCUUCAA